GUUAGGGGAAGUGCUGUAGUGACUCAGUAUAUUUAUUACUGUUGCAGUUUUGCUAUAGACCGACAUUCAUUUAGUCGAGUAGUUACUUGAUAGUUGUUCCAGUCGUAACAUCUUGCUGCUGGUGAUGAGAGAGCGGGAGGCUUGCAGAUGGAUUUUUUGACAGAUAACCAGGAAUUGAAUCUGCCCCAUGUACCAAGACGCCAGCGACGCGUCCGUAUACGGUUCCGGCAGUAUUCUCGAGUGCAUGACAGUCGGCAGCGUCCCAGACAUCGGGACGCCGAGUUUCACCUUAUCUGAGGACGUCUCCGAAGCUUUGGACCACUUCGAUUCCCUCAUUUUCGGCGAUUUCGACCGCGACUUGGUCUUCGAGGAAAGUACGGGACGCCUUUCUCCAUCCUCAUGCGGCCAGGGGGGUCCUCUGUCCUUCGACUACCCUGGAGGGGAGAGCGACGGGGGCGCUCUUUUCCAGGGGGACGUCGCCCCCUGGUUUGAAAACGACAGGACCUGCCUCCAUGGAAACGGCGUGUUCGUUUGUCCCGUGUGCAGGUUCGUCAGGUGUCCCUCCGUCCGAGAAUCAAACGAACUGGGUGAAUUUGUCGAGAAGGAUCUGGUCAACAACGCCUGCCUUUACACGGAACCGCAGUUCCUGCCUCAUAUCCUACGUCGCGUUCGUUCCUGGAGGAAGUUGCGUCACAUUAGUCGGACGACAGGUUUCUCGGAAGGGGUGUAUGGCAGCAGCGUGGAAUCGACGAGCCACAUGCCCUCCGCCCCGCCAACGCCUCCGGCAUCCUCGAGAAGAUGGGCGUCCCCGAACGACCUCCCCGAGCAGCAGUCGCCGCCCCCAGCGCCCCCGAAGAUCAGCCCCGCUGCGGAGGCAGAGAGGCUGACCAUGUACCGGUGCAUCUUGUCCUCCAUUGUCGAGUCGGAGACCAUUUACCUGGAGUGUCUGGAUGUCGUUCUUCAGUACAUGAAAGCCCUGAAGGCGACCCUGACGACGUCGCAGCCCGUGAUCUCUCCGGACGAUUUCUCGACGGUGUUCUACCGUAUCAGCGAACUCCAUUCGACCCACAGUGCCUUCCUCUCCGGCCUCAAGGAACGCACCGCUCAGUGGGACGGCACCAACGCCAUCGGGGAACUCUUCAGAGUCUUGGCAAGCAAAUUGGAUGUGUAUGCCUCCUUUCUGCAAAACUACCCACGUGCAAUAGAAACUGUUCGUAGAUGUAGUGCUCAGAGUUCUCAGUUUGCGGACAUCACCCGCUCCAUCAAGUUGCGUUCACUCCAAGGUCAGGCCCAGUCACUUGAGGACCUCUUGCAUAGGCCUGUCGCCAGAGUGCAGAAGAAUGCUCUAGUCCUUCAUGAUUUGCUCAAGUACACACCAGAGCAUCACCCAGAUCACGAGACGUUACGAGAGGCUUUAAGACUAACCCAGAACUUCCUCACUCACCUUUCCAUGCUACACACAGAAGCCAUGUUCCCUGCUCAGGAUCGGCCACAGCGGCAUUUGGUUCGAAAUUCUUUCAUAGUGGAAUUAGUGGAGGGGCAUCGUAAGCUGAGACACCUUUUCCUAUUUAAUGAUGUUAUAGUAUGUGCAAAGUACAAACCUACUGGCAGGUCGGAAAAAUUUACUUUUGAAGUAAAGUGGUACAUCAGCUUGCAUGACAUAGCUGUUUUGAAUGACAGUGGACCCGAGACACUGAAGGAAUCAAACCCACCAAAUAUUGUAGCCCUUAAAUCCCAGGCAUCAACAGUAAGGGAUCAAUUGAGAAGAAUGGAAAAUAUAGCAGAUAACAAAGGGGUGAGUCGGAUGAAUCAGGCGCGAAAUGAGAAAAACAGGAAGAAGUUAGCAGAAUUGGAAGCCCAGCUUGUGUUAGCUUCACCAAAUCUUCCGUUCAGAAUAUCCAAAAGGAAUGGCUCAAUACACACAUUUCUGAUCACCUCAGAAUAUGAAAGAGAUCAGUGGGGUGAAGCAAUUAAAGUGCUCCAGGAUAACACUCCUGGUGUUGGCGGCAGUUCCCUCACUUUACAAGAAUUGCAGAAUUGGAUUACUGCUUGCCGAUCUUUCCUCAAGACCAACAUGGGCUCUUUCCUUCUCAAAUCAGGACGGGAUGAUUCAUUGUUGCUUGGGGAUCUCCAUAUAGUUGUUUCUAGUCUGCAUGGACUUACUAGUGCUGCAAAUAUGUUUGUGUGUUUUGAAGUGGAUUCGUAUGGCCAUUUCUUCCGCAAAGCAAAGACUAGAGUCUCCGAAGGUGUAGAACCUCACUGGAACCAAGAUUUUAUAAUUGAACUGGAAGGCUCUCAGACUCUACGUAUCCUCUGUUAUGAGGAGCAUCCAAAAUUGGGGCUGCAACUAAGGGGGAAGGCCCAUUUAGAGCUCUCAAGAACUUGGCUGAAUGACACAUUAAGUGAACGUCGUGUUAGCCUGCAAGAUUUAGUAUUAGUUUUGUCCCUCAAGUUCCUACCUCCAGAAGCCACAUUGAGGAGAGUGCCAACUGGAAAAUCUUCUGGAUUAUUUGGUGCCAACAUUGCUCAUAUAUGCAGACGUGAAAAAAGGAGCGUGCCAUUUAUUGUAACAAGAUGUGUUCGUGAAGUAGAAAGACGUGGGAUGCAGGAAGUGGGAAUAUAUAGAGUAUCUGGUUUAGCUUCAGAUAUCACAAAAUUAAAGAAAUCCUUUGAAUCAAAUCCCUAUGAAGCAGAACAGCUUAUAAAGGAAGUGGAUAUCCAUUCUGUAACUGGACUUUUGAAACUUUUCCUCCGUGAGCUCCCAGAAGCGCUUUACACAGAUGAAUUAUAUCCAAGGUUUUUUGAGGCCUACAGUGCUGCUGAUCCAGAGUACCGUAAAACAACCCUGCUCAAACUCUUCUCCUCGCUUCCUCAACUAAAUCAGUCAAUUAUUGCAUACCUCUUGGAACAUCUGGUCAAGAUUCAUCAUACAGAAAAUAUGAAUAAGAUGUCACUGCAUAAUUUGGCAACCGUCUUUGGCCCCACUCUCAUACGACCUGGAGCGAAGACAGGUAAUCCCUCUCCAGCAGAGCAGUUGGCUGCUGGUACUGUUGAUGUGAUGGCUCAGGCUGGGAUACUCCACUUUUUCCUUCUGAGACGCGCACAUGGUGAACCAAUACAGGGUGUUAAUCAGUGAAUCGUUUUGUAUAUUGUACAUAAAUUAAUCAUGUAAAACAUAAUCCUAUUAAACCUUUGCAUUAUGUCAAGUCUGACUGUAUUGUGUUGCCAUAUUAAGCCUUAAAUACUGUAAAAUAAAAGGUGACCUUUUACUCUGAAGUUGCUUUCUGGCUGGAUAUGUCGUUACGUACAUAGCCAAAAAUCUAGCCAGUUGAAGUUCGUGCAUGGUGUUAGUGUACCAAAUGGAAAACUGGUAUUCACAACUCAAUGAAACAAGUUUAUGAAGGCAUUGAAUACUGUAUGUUAGUUUUGCCUUUCUUACAGACAUUGAGAAUGAAGUUAUUUAAAAGGUUGUUCAUGAGUUAUGAGAAAUUGGGUUAAGUAAUAUGAUGUUUAGUGGCAGGCAAUUAUAAUUUUUGUUGUACAAAUAUAUUAAUGAGUUUACUGAAGAACCUUCAAGUUCCAUAUCCAGUCAGCUAUAUGUUUACGUAUUUGCAUAACGCACUGUAUUUAUUGGUAUUGAUGUAGUAGAAAGUUUUAAAAAUAUUUUUUUUCAAGUAAGAAAUAUUCAUCAGUGAUGGAGUGUUUGUUUUGUUGCCUAUUAUUAAGGAAAUUGCAUAAUCAUUCAGUAUGCAAGGUUAGAGGACAGGAAAUUUCCAGUGUGUCAUUCCUUGGUUCUUUUUAUUGUAUUUCAUAGUGCUUUAAAAUGCUCUCCAGUUCAUGUAUGUUUUCUCUCUCUCUCUCUCUCUCUCUCUCUCUCUCUCUCUCUCUCUCUCUCUCUCUCUCGCUCA